UGGGAGCAGGGAUAGAGUCUCUGUUUUACCGCAUAGAGCCGAAAAGAGAGAGAGAGGAGUCGAGCUGAGGACGAGCGAGAAGACCAGCCUAUAGAGGGUCUCUGAGGGUCUCUGUCUUUGAUGUCUGAACGAACAUACAGAAGAGAUAACGAAGACUCUGACUGCAUGAUCUUCGUCCUACAUCACCUCCAUCAUCUUCCUCACUCUUUCUCUCUUUUCAGCCUCCUUGGUUUGUCCUCUCUCUCUCCCUCUCUCUCUCUUUCUUUCUCUCUCUAAUCAGCUUCUAUAACAGUCUCUCGUUCUCUCACCACCAUGGAGACUGGGAGCCCACGCAAGAUCCAGUUCACGGUCCCGUUGCUGGACUCUCACCUGGACCCUGAAGCUGCUGAACAGAUCAGGAGAAGGCGGCCAACUCCAGCAACACUGGUAGCAUCCAGUGACCAGUCCUCUCCAGAAAUAGAUGAAGACCGUCUUUCCAAUCACCUCUACAAGCAAGCUCUGCUGAAUUCACCCCGACAGAGACGGAAAGGAGCCAAAGGAACGCCAACCAUGAAAGAGCUGCAGUUCAUGGUGGAGCAUCACCUGUGCCGGCAGCAGCAGGGCGCGGCGGACGAGUCGUCAGAGAGCUGUUUAUCGGAGAGGACGAGUCCGGACGCCGGGCCCGGGGGGGAGGAGCUGCCGGUGGAUGAGGUGGGCUGGAGUAUAGCGGAGAAGGAGACGGUGGAGGCUCUGGAGAAACUGCGCUGCCAGGUGGAGAGUUUAUCAGAGGCAGCAGGAGGAACAGAAUCAGAACCGCCUCUUACCAGGGAACUGCCCGGUUCUGCUGCAGCCGGACCGGCAACAUCCAAACCACCAACACCAGCAGCAGCAGCAGCAGCAGCAGCAGGUCGCUCCUCUGGGGAUGCAGCAGAGCCGGAUGGGUCCCGGCGGAUCCGCAGUGAGCGACAGUAGAAACACAGUGAUGAUGAGGAGGUGGAUCAGAUAAACAGAACAGAACCCUGGGGACGGGUUCACGGCCCGGACACUGGUGGAUCCACACUGUAGACAAUCUGAGGACUUUUAUUCUCUAAAUCAGCAAAAUGUUUAAAUUCCUAACAAAAUUCACACUCCCAAAUUUACUCAAUUAUUUUCAUAACAUUCAGAUUCUGACUAAACUAAAUCUCAGCCUUCAAGCUGAAACUCACAUCUUCUGUAAAGUUCUGUAAAGUUCUAUUAAUGUUCUAUAAUGUUCACGUCCCGACUGAAGGACAGGUUUGUGGUUCUGAGCCUCACCCGGACCAGCAGUGGGCGUGUCCUUCACUAUUCCGAAUUCAGGGAAUUCAGCGUUUUUCCACGUCCGAUUCCUGUUUUAUCUGAUUCUUCUUUGCUUGUUUCAUAGUUUUCUGUCAUUUAUGACCCACAUGUUCAGUGUUCUACAACAGUUUCAGUUUUAAACUAAAGCCACUGUAGUCCUGAAUCCCGCUGCUGGAGUGGGGAUUGGAGGUCAUUUCCUGACCUGCAGCACAAACCCUCACUGAAACCAAGAUCCCAAAUUAAUACCAAGAAAUUUAUACCAUGAUCAAUUUCUAUGACUAAUGAAAGAUUUUACAGCAAUGGACAAUGGAACAAUAGUAUGAUAGUAUAGAGUAAUAGAAUAAUGAAGCAAUUGAAGUAUGAAAAAAAUUAAUAAAGGGACACCAGAAUAACUGUAUAUUGAUACUAAAAUAAUAGUAUACUGAAAUAAUAGAAGUAAUAAAACAGUUAAAUAAUGGAAUACUAUAGUAAUGAAAUGAAAGAGUAAUGUCAUAAUGGAGUAAAGAAACAUUGCAUUAAUUGUAAUAAUGGAGUAAUGGAAAAUUGGCAUAAUUAAUUAUUAUGAAUUUUACCAUAGUUAGUUCCGACCCUGCAAUGUGAUUGGCUGACAGGCAUUCUAUGGGUGACAUUAUCAGCCGGUAAUGCACCUUAACCGAAGCUCUUUAUGUAUUACUUUGCCACAUACAGGCAACCUAUGGAGUAGGAUAUACAGCUCCAAAAAAAAAUAUAAGAGCGAAGUAGACGGAUGAUUACAAGCCAUUAAACCAAGAUGGAUUGCUUGACUUUUUGCACCAGGAGUGGCGUAGAAUUAACCAAAAGCAGUGAGUAAGACUGGUGGAGGAGAACAUGCCAAGAUGCAUGAAAACUGUGAUUAAAAGCCAAGAUUAUUCCACCAAAUAUUGAUUUCUGAGCUCCUAAAACUUUAUGAAUAUGAACUCGUUUUCUUUGCCUUAUUUGAGGUCUGAAAGCUCUGCAUUUUUUUGUUGGUUAUUUCAGCCAUUUCUCAUUUUCUGCAAAUAAAUGCUCUACAUGACAAUAUUUUUAUUUGGAAUUUAGGAGAAAUGUUUUCUGUAGUGUAUGGAAUAAAACAACAAUGUUCAUUUUACUCAAACAUAUACCCAUAAAUAGCAAAAUCAGAGAAACUGAUUCAGAAACUGAAGUGGUCUCUUAUCUUUUUUUUUUAGAGCUGUAUAAUAGGGCAAAACAGAGUGAGUAUCUGUGUUGUGGUGAAUCUGGUUAGGAAAAUUUUUAAACAUAAGAUUAAAUUAUACCAUCUUAACCCAAAAGAGCCCAUGGUGCUGUAUGUGUCACAGACCCUUUAAAAUCUGUGUAAAGUUCCUUACAGCACUCUGUCUGUUCUUUACUUGAACUAAUGAAGUCCCUCAGUGACACAUACUGAACAUCCUGAGCGCAUCAUAACAGGACAGUGUGUUAAUCUCAUCUUGUGUUUGUUUAUCUGACCUUAUUUACAGAUUGUAGGAGUGCUGGAUUAGUGCUGGAGAUAAGAGUAGCUCUUUUUAAAAGUUUAUCUUUUUGCUUUAACUGAGCUUUACCUACAAUUUAACCAUUUAAAUUAUUGAAUUGACUGUUUUAGGUUCCAUAUAACUAGUUAAAUUGACAUGUUAUGAAAAUUUUAUUGUUUCAUUUAAAUUAAA